AUGGAAACUAACCAAUGUGUCUCUAGAAUUGGAGUUAUAGCCAAUCAUCUAAAAAGAGAAAAAUCAAAAUUAGAACCAUUUAAUUCUGUAAAAGAUCCAUUUCUUAUCCCUUUAUCCGAGAGUAAAACCAUACUCUAUCGUCUCUAUGAUAAUGGAUGUCUAAAAAUUAUUAUUAAUAGAACAAGUUUAUUUAAUUCAAUUUCAGUUGAGGUAAUAAAUAAAUUAAUAGAUUUAUUAAAUCAUUUUAAAAAAGAUGAUAAAGUAAAAUGUUUAUUGUUUGUUGGUAUUGGUGAUCAAAUGUAUAGAGGUGAAUCAGAUUUAAAGGAAAUAGUGUAUGUGUACGCCUAUCCAAAACCUGUGAUUACUAUUUGUAAUGGUCCGUGUCGUGGUGGACUUGGAAUGCAUUUACUUUUUAAUUCAAAGUAUUCAAUCAUUACACCAAAUGCAUCGUUUGAAUUAAUUCAUUCUAAAUUGGGAAUUGCCUGUGACAAUGGAUCAAACUAUUACCUAAGUAGAAUGGAAGCUGGAGUAGGUCUUUAUCUUGGUCUGACCUCUGAACGGUUUGAAUAUCGUGAUGCCAUGCAAUUAGGAUUAACAACACAUCUAGCUAUCAUGCCAUCAUCAUUGGAUGAGAUUGUCGAGAAUUUUACAACCAGUUUAAAUAUUGACAAUAUUGAUAGACUCGAUCAAAUAUUAAAUGCAUAUAAAUCCAAAGAAUAUGAUUUACCAAAAUCUACUUUUCAAAUCGGUCCAACAACCGAACUAGGAUUUCUAACACGUACAGGUUGUAUAGAGAGAUGUUUUGGAAGACAUAUUCAUACGAUUAAUGAAAUUGUAGAUUCUCUCAAUCGUGAGAUCCAGACUGCUAGAAAUCACCGAGUUGUCAAAUGGGCCACCAAGAUUAAAAAUCAUCUAUUGACACGUGCCAAACCACUUGCCCUAAAUGCAACUUACGUGUCAUGCGAGACUCUUUCCACUGCACCAUGGAACAAAAUGUCAGAUAGUGAAUAUUCAUCAGAUGAUGAUGAUGAUGAAAUCAAGGAUAAGGAAUUGGCACUUGCAGAAACAAAGUCAAAGUUGAAUUCAAUAUUAGAUUUGGUUAACAAAAGUAGAUCUAUGAAAUCAAGUGUUGAAGAAAAGAUUGAUCAUAGUAUAACUGGAAAAUCAUCUGACAACAAGAAGAAGACUAUUAAAUUAAAGGUUCAGAAACAAGAUAGUAGUAGUAGUGAUGAUGAAAAGGAGGAGGAACAAGAAGAGGGGGAAGAAAAAGAUAUAAAAAAGAAGAAGAAGAAGAAGAAAUCUAAAUCAAAGGUUAAACAAGAUAGUAGUAGUGAUGAUGAAGAGGAGGAAAAAGAGAUUAAAAAGAAAAAGAUAAAGAAAUCUAAAUCAAAGGACGAAAGAAGAUUAAAAAGAAAAGAGGAAAAGAAGAAACAAAAAAAGCUGGAAAAGAAACAACAGAAAAAGAAACAAAGAGAAUUAAAGAAAAAGUUGGUCAAGGAAAAACAAGAACAAGAACAGCAAUCAGACUCUUCUGAUGAGGAGAAAACAAAAGUAGAAAAGGAGAAAAAGGAGGAGGAAGAGGAGGAGGAGGAGGUUGUGGUCCACAAACCAAAACUAUUAUCAAAACUUCACAAAUCACCAGAUAAAUCAUCUACACCAACCAAAAGAACACCAAAGAAAUCACAAGUCCAAACUGAUUAUGAAGCAUUACAAAGAGACGUGGAAUAUAUCUUGGAAAAGGAAAAAAGAGUUUAUGUUCCCGAACCUGUUAUCAAUGAUGUUGAUACUCAAGAUUGUGUUAGAGAAGAAGAUUCUUCAUCAGACAGUGAAUCAGAAAAACGAAACAAACGUCAAAUAGAUAGUAGUAGUAGUAGUGACGACGAUCAAGAAGAGGAACAACAACAACAACAAGAUAGUGAUAGCGAUCCAGAUUAUGAACCACCAUCAAGAAAACAAAAAUCCAAACAAAAGAAAAGAGAUUCAUCACCAAUCAAACAAAAGAGAGAAUCAAAAAAGGAAAGAGAACAACCAUUAAUUUCAAAUGUUGAUAGUAAAAAUUGUAUUAUCAAACCAUCUGCAAUUGUAAAGAAAAGAUCAAUGUUUGAUUUUAUUGAAGCUAUCAAACCUCCUACUAUAGUAGAAUCCGGAUCUGAAUCCUCUGAAGAUGAAAUUGAAUAUGAAGAUGAUGAUUUAAUUAUUAUUUCAAAAUCUAAAAAGAAAGAAGAAAGUGAUGAAGAAGAAGAAAUGGAAAAUGAAUCAUCAAGUGAAGAGGAGGAAGAAGAAGAAGAAGAACAAGAACAGGAAGAAGAAAACUCAGAGGAAGAAGAAGAAGAAUCUAGUAAAGAGGAAGAGGAGGAGGAGGAAACUACAAAUGUAUCAAACAAUCCAACUAAAACAACUCCAUCUCCACCAAAGAGAAAACCAUUGGUUGCACCAGAACCUAUUCAAACACAGGAAAUGGAUACUGAUCCAGAUAUGGUACCAACAAUUGAAGAUGAAGAAGAUGAUGAUGAUGGUAAUGAUGUUAAAGAUCGUGAUACCAAAACAACUGGUGGUAAAUUAUUUACACUUGAACUGGACUUUAAUGAAGAUGAUCAAGAAGAACAAGAACAAGUAUAUAAUGGAAAAGUUGAUAUACAAAUGACAGAUAAAAAUACUAGUGAACAAGAAGAAGAAGAAGAAGAAAAUGAUGAAGAGGAGGAAGAAUCAAGUGAAGAAGAAUAUAAUCAUAAAACCAAAUAUGAAAAUGAUUUAAAAGCACAAGAAGUCAAAUUUUUAAAUCAAGGAAUGAAAUUGAUUAGUGGACAAAUGAGAAAGAGAAAAUCAAAUAUUGACAAUGAUGACUCUUUUGACGAGGAAGAAGAAGAGUUGGAAACUCUUAGAUUUUUAAAGAAAAAGAAAUCAGCCAAAGAAAUCAAGAAUAGUGUAACUUCAUCCCUUUUUACAAUGGACAAUCAACAAGAUGAUCUUUCUGAAGAAGAAGAUACCAAAUCAAAAGUACUCAGACGUUCAUCAUCGUUACUCAAAUCUUCAUCCUCUCAUUCCAAAAAACUUGGUGGUAGUCAAGAGGUUGACUUGUCACAAUCUUACACUCAAGAUGAUAAGGAAUUACUUGAUAUGAUUCAAAAUAAUAAUAGACGUUCUAAAAGCAAUACACAACAAGAACAAAAGAAACAACCAACACAACAAAAAGAACAAACACAACCAACUCAACAACAAUUUAAAUCAUCUUUACCAACAUCUUUAUCAUUUGGUUUUGGUAGUCAUCAUGCAGGAGGUUCCAGUAUGGGUGUUAGUUCCGAAAAAUUACAAGCUUUGGCAAAAAAACAAAAUCAAAAACAAUCCAAUCAACCAACUCAAGCAUUCUUUUUAAAAAAGAAUAAAAAUUAA